AUGGUAGCUCUCGUUGCGGGCUUGCCACAUCGCAAUGGCUCCAUGACGCAACUCCACCUCUUCAAUCUCGGGCUCUUUCCAUAUAAAAGUCUCCUCGUAAACCAGCGCUCGCCUUUCGGGCUCUCACUUAAUCCCCAACAGUCAGAUAUGCCAUACUAUACCCCCCCUAACGUAUUCAGACAACCUGCCAUCGUCGCACGCAAUUCAAAAUCACCUGAACCUCCACAACUAGAUACUCAUCGUCGUUCGUGGCAAAACGAUACAUCACGUCUGAAAUCACCGCUCCUAAGAAAAGCUUCAGGCGAUAUGAACGACUACUUUACCACUCAACAGCUCCAAAGUGAGUUUUGGGCCCUGCCACAAUCCUGUGACUCGCCUAAUUUUUACACCUCACUCUCGAGCGCAGAAGAUGUCAUACUGGCCUCCAACACGGCUACCGGGGAAAACUUAAAAAUGUAUACUCUCAAGGCCAAAAAUCAAACAACAGCCCAAUUGGCCGAACUACAAACUAUUUCAGUUCCAGGGAAGCCAAUAACUACGUCGAGGAUCUUGCCACAAAGUUCAAGUGCUGCCAAACAACCCACGGAACAUAACCGCUUACUUUGCACUGGCCAUCAGGAUGGUAUUGUAAAUCUCAUCUCAACCUCUGAAACUCAAGGAGGUGCCAAGAUUAUUAAACGAUUCAAUCAUGCCAAAUAUCUCAAAUCAACAAAACCAGAUUGUCUAGAUGAAUGGCUGCAACAGAAGAGGGCUUCACCCGUCAGACAAAUCAAUGACUGGAAUAAAAUGGGUUUUAUCUCGGUAAUCAAUGAAUCUUUGUUUAUCUAUGAUUUCAACCAGCACAAAUUGCCAAUAUUUCUGCAAAGUUUCACAGGCCUGGAAGCUGUUGAGGUCAACGCCGAAAACCCAAAUAUCUUAUCGCUGGUAGGUUCGAACUUUGGUGACAGUGGACUCUCUUUGCUCGAUUUGAGAUGUGGCGGUGGCCAAGGAAAACAGUAUAGUCCCGAUGUAAGCACAAACACCACUGUCAACAUUUCUAGCGCUUGCGCCUGGCUAGACGAAUACACAGUAGCUAAUGCUAUCGGUAAUAGUGUCAAACUGUGGGACAUAAGAUCCUCGGGGGUCAAAUGUACCGUAGAAGGACACAAAGGCUCUAUCAAAGCUCUAAAGUACCAUCAUGAUACUCAACGGCUUUACACUUCUGAUGAUCAAAACUAUACCAUUGCAUGGGACAUGGGAGAUUUGACCAACGUCUCAGAGUGUCAUUUGGCCACAGGGUUUCAGAGCAUAUGCGAAGACAAUAUUUCACACGUAAAGCAAUGCGGCAAUGUGGUCCUGUCGCCAAACACUUCUCCAAGCUCAUUCAAGCCUGACGUACCCGGGUCCGGUGUUUCUGGAUUCACUUUCCUACAGACCUACCAUGAUGGAUCUUUACUCACUUUAGAUUCCAGAGAGCUUGGGCUGCACACAAUAAAGAGUGUUGAAAGACCAUUUUUACCCCCUAGGAAUCCGCUGCGGCUGCAACGCAAGCCUGAAGUUGACGUUUUGGAGUCUGAUAGUACGAUGAACCAAGAGUCAAUAAUUUCCAGUUGGGACAAUGUCUCAGAAGGCACGAUUGAAGGUGAGGAGCUCACAACUCCCGCCAAAAAUCAGCCGCUUAGUCCUGUUAUGAUCAGUGAAAACACUCACAAGACUCAUAACCCAAGUAUCUACUCACUGAAAGAUUUUGAUUUGAGUGGGUCUACUAUAUAUAAUGAGCGUAUAAUACACGAGGACGUCCUCUUGUAA